AUGGUGAAGCGAGCUGUUCAGAUCCACGCUGGGAUGCUGUUAGUGGCUCUCUGUCUUCAGCUGAGUUCAGCUGCUGCAGGUAAGUUACUGCUCAGUGCAGGUGCAGAUGGAGCUGGCAGCAGUGGGGACACCAUCAGCCACUCUCUGACACUGGUGCAGCGUCUGGAGGCCCUGCUGGUUCAGGGAAACGGCAGUGACGUGUCACUCCGGGUGGAGACGCCCAGCGCAGACGAGGUGAAGAUGAUCCAGGCUCACUCUCUGGUUCUCUCCCUGCAGAGCCCCGUGUUUGAGGAGAUGCUGUUGAGCCGCAACAGCAGCACUCUGGUCCUGAAGGAGAGCUCCGACUGUGCUGCUGUGUUUGACAAGUUCAUCAGGUAUCUGUACUGUGGAGAGAUCUCUCUGCGUCUGGACCAGGCCACACCUUUACAUAAACUGGCCACUAAGUACCAGGUGCUGAGUCUCCAGCAGGGCAUCACCCAGUACAUGACCCAGAAUCUGGCCCGGGACUCCCCCUCAGGCCACGUGGCGGGCUGGUACGAGUACGCCCUGCAGGCCGGGGACGUGACUCUGAGGGACAGCUGCCUUCAGUAUCUGGCCUGGAACCUGUCCUCUGUGCUGCAGAGUGGAGAGUGGGUGACCAUCAGCAGCCAGCUCCUCAUGUCCCUCCUGCAGCGCUCAGACCUCAUCCUGCAGAGUGAGAUGGAGCUCUUUGCAGCACUAGAGGCCUGGAUUAUUCAGAAUGAGCCAGAUAGUUUGACAGCAGAGAACGCUUUAAGAGCUGUGCGCUACGCCAUGAUGCCUCCACGAGAGCUCUUCCGCCUGCAGACCCAGUCCUCAGUCCUGGCUCGCUAUCAGGAGUCAGUGCGUGACCUGCUCUAUAUGUCGUACCAGUUUCACUCAGCCUCACCGUUACACAUGGCCAAAUACUUUGAUGUAAACUGCAGCCUCUUUGUGCCCCGGAACUACCUGUCCCCAGUGUGGGGGUCACCUUGGAUCAUCAGCAACCCCACGCGAGAUGACCGUAGCACCAGCUUCCAGACCCACCUGGGGCCCAGCGGCCAUGACGCUAGCAAGCGGGUGACAUGGAACGCCUUGUUCUCACCUCGCUGGUUACCCCUCAGCAUGAGGCCGAUGUACACAGAGACAGGCGCCAUGCAGCCGACACGAGUGGAGGGAGGGCGCCCUCGCAUCAUCAUCACCCCAGCCACAUCCAGUGCUGAUUUUGCCGGUGUGAAUUUCCAGAAGACGGUGCUUGUGAUGGCUCAGCAGCAGGGGAAGGUGGUGGUGAAACACGUCUACAACUUCCACCAGAGCACGGAGGAAAAUGGUGAUUUCCUAGCUGAAGUCGACUUGUACCGCCGGACGUCUGAAUACCUCACUGACAGCUCCCUCUUCCUCCAUAUUGUGGUGAAGCCACUGUACCAAACCCUCAUAACCACCAAGAACUGA